AUGUCUAAAAAAGUAAAGCAUGCAUCUCUGUUGGACUUCUUUAUGCCAAAAGCGAAGAAAAGUCAAGAAAACCCUCUUGAAGAUUCAACUGCAGUCACAGAUCUACGGCAAACUGACAAUUGUGUUUUGCAACAAACCAACGACUCCAACAAGCAGAUAAAUGAAAUAAAUUCCGACGUUUCUGCGGUUUCUCAUGCUUCAUUAGAUACGGGGAGAGGCGAAGAUAUUGAAAUGAUCGAAAACAACGAGAGCGACAGCUCCGAAACAGAGAAUGCCCACAGGAAAUUUGAUGGAAACCUAGAAACUAUGGAAAACGAUUUGAGCGAAUCCAGUUCUGUUGGUUUGUCAAACGCUAACCUUAAUGCUUCCAAUGAAAUUCCGAAUUCUUGUGAACAUUCAUCUCAAUCUAUUCAUUCUAUUGCACCUUCAUGUUGGUCUGUUAAGCAACAAGAUUACUUUACUAGUGCAUACCCCUGGAUUAUUUUUUCAAAUGGAAAGAUUGGUUGUCGCGAAUGUAAAAACGUUAACACUCUUGGACUGCAUGCUAAACAACGAAGCCAUAUAAGUAAAGAAUGGAUAGAGUGUACUGUUUUUCCAUGCAAAACGAAGAGUCGCGAAACGUCAGCAGCACAAAAGUACUUACGAAAAAAAAUCACCAAGCAUGCAAAAAGUAAUGCACACGUAACUGCAACCAACAUUCUCAAAGAACGACAAAAGAGAAAGAUCCAGAGCUCAACCGGCUUGUCUGUUGCACAACAUCAAUCAGCUACUGAAAAAUGCCUCAGAACUGCCUAUUAUGUUGCUAAAGAAAACAGGCCAUACUCAGACUACGAGAAUCUGGUAAAGCUUCAGCAGAAAAAUGGAAUAAGUCUCGGGGUAACUCUACACUCAAGGUGGUCAUGUACAGAAAUGAUUGACAUAAUUGCCACAACAAUGCGAAAAAAAAUUAUCAAGGAAAUUACCAAAAAUAACAAAAAGAUCGCCAUUAUAAUUGACGAAGCUACCUCAAAUGCAAAGGAUUCUUGCUUGGUUGUGUAUGUGAGGUCGAUCAUAAACGGUUUGGCUGUUAACAUUUUUCUAAGUAUCAUUGAACUGGGGGGUCAAGACGCAAAUUCAAUUUAUGAAUCACUUUUAGAUUCGCUUAAAAGUAACGGAAUUAAUGACGAAUACUUGGCCAAAAAUUUUAUUGCAUUUACCAGUGAUGGCGCAUCAGUGAUGACGGGGGCAAUCAAAGGGGUCGCGACGUUACUUAAGUCGAAGUAUCCGCAAAUUGUUUUGUGGCAUUGUCUCAAUCACAGAUUAGAAUUAGCGGUAUCAGAUACAAUAAAAGCUGUUGAUGGUACCCAACCUAUUGAAGAUUUCUUCGGUAGGAUUUACACGAUUUAUUCUCAGUCAGCAAAACUGCAAAGAGAGCUGAAGAAUAUUGCUGCCGAACUAGAUGUUCAGCUGCGCAAAGUAGACAAAAUUUUGACAACAAGAUGGGUUGCAUCUUCGUCCCGUGCGGUAGAAUCUUUUUGGAGAAAUUAUCCUGCACUAUACAAGCAUUUCCACACACUUUCACAGUCCAACGACAAGCACAAAGCAACAUAUGCGGGAUUAGUAAAACGUAUGGAAACAAUAGAGUUUAUUGAAGACGUAGCUAUUAUGAAAGACUGCCUUGGACAACUUUCAAUCUUGUCCGAAUCACUACAGAAGGAUCGCACCACGCUCCUUAAAGCAUCUGACUACUUGCAAUGGACGAUAAACGCACUGGAAAAGGUAAAAGAUUCUUUAGAAACAAAGUAUGAAUUUAGGAACAUUUACGAUUCCUCAGUGCAGUUUAAAGGCGUGGAGUUAAAGUCAUUUCCGUCCCGGACUGGAUACAAAUCGUUCAACCGAAAGCAAUUUCUACAGGGUUUGAUUGAUAACCUCCAAAGAAGGAUGAUCGAUUCAUCUGAGAAAAUAUUGUUAAAUCAAAUUGAAUCCCUCUGCCCAGAAAAAUGGCCAAGGGGGGAAAAGAUUCCAUGGCUCAAAGGUGAGCAAGAUGUCAUAUCACUUUGCGAGAGAUUUAACAUCAACGCGACAGGCAUAGUUACAUCGUAUCGAGAAUUUUUCAAUGAUCCUCGAAACAUUCCCUCGCUUGUUGAAGAAAGGCUCCUAAAAGGGCUUAUUCAAAUUGUACCAGUUAGUAGCGCAGAGGCAGAGAGGGGAUUUUCACAAAUGAACUUAGUGUGUACAAAGUCGCGCUCUAGCAUGUCUGUUUCUCAUUUAUCCUCCUUGAUGUUCAUAAGCAUCAAUGGUCCGCCAGUACAAUUUUGGGAGGCAAGUUUAGCUGUCCAACAAUGGCUGGAGCACCACAAGUCUGCUGAAAAUAAUCAAACUAGAAAAAUGAAGCAGACGACAGAAUCAGAGCUCACACCUUUACAACGAUUUUUUGUAAAGUAA